AUGUUAAUUUUGACCCCUAAAAUAGAGCGACUCUGCAAUCGGAUAACCCAAUUGCGUGAUCAGGUGGUCUCAGUCUUAGAGCACAAAAUCAUGCCUACUCUCAACCUGGUCACCAACGUCAAGAUCCCGGACGCGAAAGCUUUUGCCCUUAAGUUCUCGAAGUUCGGUGCUGAGACUCUGGGAAAGCCAGAGGCUUACAUCUCAGUUAUCAUCAGCUACAAUGAGACCCUCACAUUCGCCGGAACCUUCGAUCCUGCUUUCAGCUUGAGGAUUGAUAGUCUUGAUAAUAUCAAUCCCGAGGCGAAUGACAGGUACACCAAGGCAUUUGCCAAGUUCUUCGAGGAAAACUUAGGAGCGAAGGAUAAUCGCGGAUAUGUCACUUUCAUUGACCCUGGUCGAGCAAACAUUGGCUUCCAAAGCACUACUUUUGCGACAAUCUUCGGUGGGUCGAAGUAG